AUGAAAAUAACUAAGAUAUACAAAUUUAUUCUACAAUUUAUUCUGGUUUAUCAGUGUAUUACAGUAGUGUAUUGUUCUGAUAGAGCUGGUGAAGGUGCAACUAGUGGAUUAAUACCAAUAACUCUUAACAUCAGUAAUGCUGCAACAAUAGAAAUUGAUCAUUAUAAAGAAGGUGAAAAUUUUAGAACAUUCAAGGCUAGACCUGGUUACAUGAUCUCCAAGAUUUUGAAGAAAAACGUGAAUAUCUGGACUGCCCAACCAGAAGAUAACGCACUUAAGGCAGUGUUGAUGGGAUCUGGUAAAGAGCCUAAAUACCUUGGUAUUUUACUAAAGAGUGGUAACUUUGCAUUGCUUAGAAAAUUUGAAAAAGGAAAACCUUACGGAGAUAUUACUAAUACAAGAGUUGAUAUGAGUAAAGUGAAGAUGUUUAAUAGAACUGGUGAAGAAAUAGAUUCAACUCAGUAUAUUGUUGACAUGUUAGGUUUAUAUUUUGUUUAUGAAUUUAAAGAUGGAGUGAAUUGUCAUAAGAUACUUUACUCGGAUAGAGUAGUUUAUGAAUAUGAAUUAAAUCCAGAAUUUGGAUUGUUAAAGGGAGUAUACCUAGAUCUUUUUAUGAAUGAUUUUAAUAUUGUAAAUGAAAAUGAUACAUCAAAGAAAUUAGAUAUGGAUGGUGGUGUGUCAAUUCCACAACAUGUACCAGUACAUCCUAAUCAUUAUCCAAAGGAAAUUAAACUAAUUGGAUAUCAACCUGUAGAUCCAUUUGAUCCAUUUAAUUCAGCAAAUUUUUCUGAAGUUUUUUCUACAAGAUAUACUGUCACCAUGGCUGGACUAGAAUACGAAUAUAACAUAAGUAAUAUAAAAUGUUCUAUGGUUAAGUAUAAUGAUUCUACCAUUUGGGAAAAAUCUCCUGAAUCAAAUAUUUAUCCAAUAUCAAUGAAAUUUCAUAGACUAAAAAAUGUUAUCUUACUUAGGUUUGCGGAUUACUUUAUUAAAUUAAUACUAAAGGAUAAUGACUGGCAAUCAAAAAAAUAUCAUUAUGAAAAAAAAGAACCUGAAGAUGAAACGAUUGGUGCCGUAGGAGGUGAACCUGCUCCGACUGUAUAUUUGAGUCCAGAAGAAUUGAAUGCUCUUUCUAAAUGUAAAAAAAUUGAUAUAGACCUUGAAAAAUCUAUAGGUAACGAUUAUAUUCAACGUUGUGAAGAUAUUGAAACAUCGAAUGGUUUUUUUCUGGCAAAAGAAGGAAAUGUAUUAAAUUCAAUAGUAUGUAGUAAUGAAUUAAUUUGGCAAGCUGGUGAAGGAGAAUAUUGUAAAGAAGUAUUUGUAGAUGAUUUAUUAGUUUCUAGUUGCAGAUAUGUUAGUGUAAAACUUGUAGAUGGAACAUAUAAUCAUUUCACAAAAACAGGAAAUAAAUGGACAAGAACACAAAAUGGAAUAGUAUUUGAUCUUAAAGCUGAAGAAUCAACAUUUCUUUAUAGAUGUGAAAUUGAUGGUGAUAUUAAAAUCUUUACUAGAAAAUUAAACUUCAUAUUUAUAUCGGCAAGAUAUAAUGAAAACAUGAUUUGGGAAGGAAACCCAAAUGAGAACUCAAGUAAAAUAGUUUUAAAGGGCAAGGGUAAGAAGAAAAAGUAUAUAAUAUUACUAAUUAAUAAUGAAAAUUUUAUUUUAUUUUACAAAAGUGGUAAAAAACAGCCCUGGGAAAAUAUCACACAUACAAGACAUAGAAUGAAUAAUUUGAAACUUUUUAAAUCAGAUGGUACAGAAAUUGAAAAGAGUGAAUAUAAUGUAGACUUAUUAAAAACUUCAUUCUCAUACAUAUUUAAGCCAGAAGUUAAAUGUCACACAAUUAAACAUGAUGAUAGGGAAUUAUGGAAUUAUUAUGAUCCAGAAACCAGAAAAAGAUAUCCAACGAGUAUAAAUCUUGAAUUGACUACUAAUGAACUAAAACUUAAAUUUGAUCACAAUAUAGAAAAAAAAUUGAAUAUAACUUAA